AUGGCUGCUUCUUGCUCUCUGUAAGUAUCUAUACGUGCUAGAUUUGGAGCACUCAGCUCUCAAGCAUAGGCUUAAUCCUCCAAAAUGUUUAAUACUCUGCCCCUGAUCCAGCCAAUCCCACAGGGAAAUAUACUGAGACUGUUUGCAUGAGUCAGAGGCUGUGAUGAAGGCAUGGUGGUUUUUAAGGAUAUCUGUCCCUGAAAGGUGGUUACCUUUUCUUCCUCCUGCCACUGGAAGAAUUUCCCUGCAGGGUUUGUGGAGAUGAAGUACGUGUGAUUAGGAGUACAACCAGAAUAAGCUAGAUAAGAAGCAUUCUCACACACCUCUUUAUCUUGUAAGUUAUCCUCUGCAGAGGAUUAGGUAUGUAAGAUAAGCAUUAAGGCUUUAACAGCAAACUAAUUGCUCUCUUGGGCUAAUGGUGCAUCUCUUGUGUCUCCACGAUGUGGACAGUCUUCAGCCUGGUUCUUGUCAGCUCCCUUUUUGUACUCAAAAGUGAAGCACUGCAGUGUUACACCUGUGUAGGUUCCAGUGAUGAAGACUGUAACAGACAAGGAACUCAGCAAUGUCCAGGGCAUUCGGAUGCGUGUGCGAUCAUUAGAGGACAAGCAAGUGGCAUGAUGAAGUCCUGCUCGUUCCGGUCCUUCUGCGAGCGGGCAAAGAGGGAUGGAUCCAGAGCACCCGGAAUGAGCGUUCACUGCUGCUACUACAACAACUGCAAUGCAAAAAGCCUGGCUGUGAGAGUCACCACCUGCACCAGCUACAUCUCUCUCCUCCUCUUUACACUGCUGUGGCACCCCUUGCUGAAGCUGACAUGAGGGGGAGGGGAAAAAAAAGAGAAUCCUGAAGCAACAAGUCUGCCUUAGAAAGGGAUGAUUAUAUUUCCUAAUCCCAUUACUCCAUGCUCCAUAUUUCUCACUAGGCAAAAAGCAGUUGGCAGACCUGGGAGAAGUUCAGAUAAAAAUUGUUCCACCUGCAAAAUACGUCUUGAUGUAAGAAACGUGGUUCAUCCUACAAGGCUGGUUGUGUGAAUUUAUAACAUUUCCCUACAAUUUAGAUAGCAUGUAUGAAGCAAGGAGAAAUCUUAGCUGCUCGUAUCCUUGUAGUAGGCUAAAAGAUUAAUAUCUUCCAAGUGCUGUUUUUGUUGGCAGGCAUUCAAAAAGCAAGCUAAAAUUUUCAAGCACAACGUGACUGAAAAUUCUAGCAAGCAAAUGAGUCUUCCAGAGAACAUUUGUGAACUGGAAAAAGCCAGAAAACUAGAAAUAAAGAUGAUUUCGUAUUAAUACAAACUGGUAAGAGGUCAUUAAGAGAGCAAUGCAUGGAGAUAUGUUAUAUUCUGGAUAUUUCUUGGGAAAAAAAUGGCUUCUGGCCUUCUCUUUUCUGAUCCUUUGAGAAUCUUGCCACAACAUUGUAA